AUGAAAAGGAUCGAGGAUUCUCACGUAAUUGUAAUUGAUUCGGACAGCGACGACGAGUGCUCCUGGCGAGGAAGCAAACCCAACGGCUCGCGAUCAGCUGAUAGACCUGGAGAAACAGUAGUUGUCAGAAGUCAAAGAGGAAACAGAGUCGUGAGAAUUUUGGACGGGGGGAUUUUCGAGGUCGAGGAUUCUGGCCCCGCGUCCCUCCUCAAACCGAUGAGACCAGCAACGAGGAGCCAGUCCUCCUUCAGGGCUCCCCCGAAUCCCCCCCAGGGUCUCCCCGAGCCCCCGAAUGACUCCCUGAGCUCAGCAGACACCUCGACCCUCGGGAUGUCAAUGGACACGAAGGACCCAGAGACGUCCUCAGGAGUAUCCUCCAGCUCCUGCUCCAUCUCCCCCACUUCCUGGAGCAGAGGGCUGACCUACAGCUCUCGAGCCCCCACCCCAGAGCCUUCAGAGUUCCCCAGGAGACUUUCAAGAGCCUCACGAGCCCCAAAGCCAUCAGGCCACGAUUACCCAGACUCUGCGAAUUCCCCCACGAGAUACAGAACGAGAUCAUCAACUCGAACCUCAGCCCCUGGAGUCCUCACCCCCAAGAAGCCCCUGAACACCUCCAGCAGCACGACCCCUUCUCAGAAAAGGCCAAAGCCAUGUUUAAUCGUCUCCAGCUCCAGUGACGAGGAGAACAACCCCGAGAGGUCCUCAACCCAUCGAAAAAGAAGAAGAUUGAUUGGUCCGACUGAGGACCCAGAGUUGCAGGACAAUUCUGGUGAAGUCCCAGGUUCUCCAGACCCUCCAGGGAUGCUGAAUGACCCUGGACUCAUCACCUCCAUCAAUUCCCCCUCAAAACCGUUCGUGAUACCCUCAGGAGCUGUAGAAGCUUCAAAAUCCUUCCAAAACGUUCUUAAAUACUUGGAGAAGAUCGAGGAGAGCUCAAAGCCUCAGGCUUCAAAUUCCCUCGACCCAGAACCAUCACGAGCUUCAGGUGCUGCUGGGAACGACGAGCCCCCAGAGUUCACAGACCUCGAGGACCUGGACGAGGACCUUCCUCUCGAUACUGAACCCAUGGAGGUGCUCCCAAGAACUUCAACACCAUCAACGUCAAUGCCAAAGCGUUCAACGUCAGACGAAUUCGAAGCUCUCGAGAUGUACGAGCCUGACGAGGACGUCGACGUGGGCUGGAAGACGGACGAGGACUUCUCUGACGGAGAGGUCCCAGCUCAGGUGAAGUACACUAAACCCAAGAAGAAUGUGACAGCUCGUCCCGCCCCCAGGGCGAGGUCACCAGUUCCCUGGAGCUUCCAGAAUAACUACUCCCCCCCUGUGAACAUCAGGAACAGUUCUUUUCCUCAGAGCACCAGGAAUUGUCCUCCCCCUCAGAAUAUCGAGAGCAAUUUUCCCCCAUUCCCUCAACCCUUCGUGGUUUACCCCUCGUCCCCUCCAAAGAGAGGGAGAAAAAACCAGAAGAAGAGCAAUCGUUCUGGUCGUCGAGGAAGCUGGCGCUUCAGGAAGUUCAAUAAUAAUCAAUUGGCUUGGAAGUCCCCUCGGGGCCCUGAGGCCGACCCCUUGAACCCCCGAAGUGUCUUCGAGGCCCUUCAGAGGGCUUCAGGGCCCAUCAACCUGCAGGACGUCAAGAGUCCCUACAAUCAGGAAGACCCGGAAGACCCUGACAGCUCUGACUCUGAGAACAGCGAGGCAGGGGCCCUCGUCCCUUACAAGACAAAACCAGAGUUCGAUGAGGAGACAAUGUUAAACUACCUCAGGUGCUACUUUCCCAAGUCGAAGGACAAGACGAGGUACGGUGAGAAGACCCAGCAAGAGGGUGUGCAGACUGUCGAAGCAAUUCUGGAAAUUUAUAAUCAGCUUCAGAAGAAGCCAGACGAGGAGGAGGGGACGUCGACUCCUAGGCGGAUGCGAGUGGAACUCAUGGAGCACCAGAGGAAGGCCCUCACCUGGAUGCGUUGGAGGGAGACCUGCAAGCCAGCUGGGGGAAUCCUGGCGGACGACAUGGGCCUGGGGAAAACGAUCACCACAAUAGCCCUGAUCAUGAGGUCCCUGGAGGACGAGUGGAAUCAGCCUGAGGGGAUCGACGAUCGUAAUAACCCCGGGGGAACCCUGAUUGUCUGCCCAGCUAAUCUGAUCCAGCAGUGGAAGCAGGAGAUCCAGACCAGUGGCCACAUCCCGGACGUCAACGUCUACCACAAGGAGAAGGAGAACAACAUCCUGAGGCUGCGUGUCAACCAGAUCGUCAUCACGAGCUACGACACGUUGGCUAAUAAUCACAAGACCCACCAGCAGAUCCUCUACAAGAUUCACUGGAAGAGGGUCGUUCUGGACGAGGCCCACGUCAUCAGGAACCCGAGGACCCUGAGGUCAGAGUGCGUAGCACUGCUGAAGACCCAGAAGCGCUGGGCCCUCACUGGAACUCCCAUCCACAACCUCGUGAGGGACAUUUUCCCAAUCAUGAGGUUCCUGCAGAUGAGGCCCUUCGACAACUCCAAGCACUUCAACAGGUGGAUUGCUAAUAACGACGCAGCUGGCACAGCCAGGCUCCACUGCGUCAUGGAGGCUGUAAUGCUGAGGAGAAUGAAGGAGGCUCUCGUUGCUGCUGGGCUGAUGCCACAGUUGCCUAUGAAGACCAAACGAGAUGUGCCCAUUGUGCUGGUGCCUGAGGAGAGGCUCGUCUACGACAGGGUGAUGACGUACUCCAGGACUCUGUUCAUUCAGUUCCUCCAUCAGAGGACGGAGAAGGAGAGGAGAAUGGCUCUGGGGCCUCACUACAGGCGAAACAAUAACAUCGCUUCGGUGGAGUUGACUGAGGCCCAGAAGAGGUUCUUGGAGCGUCGGGGGAAUGUCUCUCGCCAUCACAUCUUGACGCUGAUCCUCAGGCUGAGGCAGAUCUGCUGUCAUCCUUGCUUGAUCAAGAGUAUGCUGGAGCAGGAGGACUUUGAGGAGGCUGGGGUCGACAAUCUUCCUGCUGGGGAUCUGGAGGAGGCUAACAGGGAACUGAUGAAUGACCUCGUUGAGUUCGAUGGGGGAGAGGAGAUUGGGGUCGAUGGGAGGGUUGUUGAUCGCAGGAUUUUGACUCUGGAGAAUCCGGUUUUUAAGGGGGAGAAUGUCUCCUCCAAGAUGACUGCUGUUUUGGAGAGGGUGAGGGAGAUUAUUAAUAAUGGGGAGAAGGUCAUCAUUGUUUCUGAUUGGGUGGGCUAUCUCAAUAUCAUUGGAGAUCAUCUGGACAAUAUUCCUGGGGCUUCCUAUGAGUCGUACACUGGGGCCACUUCCUAUGCUGAGAGGGACAGGAUUGUUCACAUGUUCAAUAAUACCGAUGAGAUCAUGAUUCUGCUGCUGUCGCUGAGGGCGGGGGGACAGGGCCUCAAUCUUAAAGGGGCCAAUCAUGUGGUGCUUGUGGAUGUUCACUGGAAUCCUCAGUUGGAGGUGCAGGCUCAGGACAGGGUCUACAGGAUUGGACAGACCAGGAAUGUCUUCAUUCAUAAGUUCAUCUGUCCGGAUACCAUUGAGGAGAGGAUUCUUGAUCUGCAGAAUGACAAGCUUAAGAUUGCUGAGGCUGUUCUUGCUGGGAGCAAGUAUGAGGUCAGGAGGCUUGAGCUUGCUGAGAUGUGCAGGCUGUUCAAUGUUGGGGUGUGAGGGACCAACAAGGAGAACUUAUCUAUUCUUUAAAUUUAAUAUUAUAAUUGUUCUUUUCAGAGAAUGGCUGAGAGAUUUAUGGUUAGGAUGUUUGGAGGUCAUUUUGAAGUCUAAAACACUUUAAAUGUUUUCGUUUCCUUGAAAAUUGAGCAAAGGAGAAUUUCGAAAUCUGAAAAAACGUUGAUUUUUUUUUUCGAUGAGAAUUGAAUCGGAAAUCGGACAAUAAUUCAAUUCAGGCAUUUUCCAAGUCUAAAAAAAACACUUCAAAAUAUUCUGUUGUCAGAUAAAAAUUAAAAAAUGGAUAGAAAUUAUUUUCUCGGAUGAAAUUCUGUAAGAUGAUCAAUUUUAUUUCAAUCCAUUAUUAUUUUUUUCUCAGUCUUCGUGGUUAGUCUAAACAACGUGAAAUGUCUUGGUAUUUAUAAGUCCAAGUUUGAAGUAUUGUUACAUUGCCUCUAAUUUUAGUGAUCUCUACGUGUGCUGUGACAUAUGCCAUAGAAUAAUGAUCGUGAGAGACUUGAGGAAGGCGAAGUGUCGAAGGGACCUGAUUACUAGUUGAGAUUAAGAAAAUAUUCCAUAUUUUUACGUUCUUUG